AGAGGUGGAACCAAGAUUUGAGGCAGACUUUUAUGGGGUUUGUUUGGCAUUGAAGUUGAUUUUGAGCAUUUUCAGAUUUGUUAAUUUCUUUAGUUUGUAAUAGUUUGUAGUUUUUUUCUUUGCAUGGAAAAAUUCAUAGGCUACUUCUGAAUAGGAAUAGCUAGCAGAAGCAGGACGUGAACAGGCUGGUCUAAUUUCAAGAGACAGCCAGUUCACCACCGAGGAGCAGCCCAGAGCAAUGUCCCUGGCUGGGGUAAGCUGUCUGGUGACAGGAGCAGGAGGAUUUCUUGGCCAGAGGAUUGUCCACUUGCUGUUGGAAGAAGAGGAGGCACUGGCUGAGAUCCGGCUGCUGGACAAAGCCUUUAGCAGUGAAGCACUCAGGAAAUUUGGAAAGUUCCAGGGUAAGACUGAGGUGAAAAUCCUGGAAGGGGACAUCCGAGAUGUGUCCUUCCUGCACCGUGCCUGUCAGGGGGUCUCCCUCGUCCUCCACACAGCUUCCAUCAUUGACACCCUGGGCCUGGUGGAGAAGCAGCUGCUCUGGGAAGUCAAUGUAACAGGUACUCAGCUCCUGCUGGAGGUAUGUGUCCGCUGUAACGUCCAGCACUUCAUAUAUACCAGCACCAUAGAAGUGACAGGCCCAAACUGCAAAGGUGACCCAAUUUUCAAUGGUGAUGAAGAUACAUCUUAUGAGAGUAUAUCUAAAUCUCCUUAUGCCCAAAGUAAGAGACUGGCAGAAGAUUCUGUGCUGAAAGCAGAUGGCCAGGUGCUAAAGGAUGGUGGCAUGCUAAUGACUUGUGCCCUGAGAUCCAUGUACAUUUUUGGAGAAGGAUGCCCAUUUCUUCAAGGUCAUCUGGAUAAGUGUCUGUUGAACAAAAACAUCUACCUGCGCUUCUCCAGGAAGGAGGCUUUGGUGAACCCUGUGUACGUGGGGAACAUUGCCUGGGCACACGUGCAGGCAGCCAAAGCCCUGCGAGUCCCACAGAAAGCCAAGCACGUCAGGGGGCAGUUCUACUACAUCUCUGAUGACACUCCUCACAUGAGCUAUGCAGAUCUAAAUUACGAGCUGACCAGGGACCUGGGGUUUGGAAUCGAGCCCCGGCUCCCCAUGCCUCUGACAAUGUUGUAUUACUUCUCGCUGCUGCUGGAGAUCGUGAGCUUCUUGCUCCGGCCCUUUAUCAGAUACAUCCCCUCCACCAACCGCCAACUGGUCACUCUACUGAACACCCCAUUCACCUUCUCUUAUAGAAAAGCACAGAAGGAUUUUGGCUACGCGCCCCGCUACACAUGGGAAGAGGCCAAGCGGUGCACUGGCCAGUGGAUUGCCUCCAUGGUCCCACAGAGAAGGGAGUACUUAAAAAACAAGGGUGCCUAAGUCUUAAGAGGAGCUGAGACCUGGCUAAACAAGUAAGGCCUUGAGCCAGAGGAGAGCUGGGUGAAGAGCAGCAGCAGCAAACUACAAAGCAUUUAAAUGAAGACUUUGUGUAACACCCCCUUCAUCCUCCUCCCCACCCCCCUCCCUCCUCACCCCCCAUCCCCCCAUGAAUAAAUAAAAGUGAAAUGUUCAUUCGUUUGUUGAGUA